AUGCGGCGGAGCCUCCCUUUCUUCGCCUUCUGCGGGAGCCUGGCCUUCUGCGGCUCACGGCCCGUGCCGACCGGUCGUGGACCGUGGUCCCGGGGCGCACGGAUGGAGCGCUUGGAGCGAUUGGACCAACGUGUGGAGCUCAGCGGAUGGAGCGACACCCGACAGCGACGGAUGGAGCCUGAGUCGGCCGGUCUUUCAGAUGAAGCUCCCCGAGGCUUUCCUCACGCCUUUUUCGGCCCCACGCCCCUCCUGUUGGCUGCUUUAGCCACGCAGACGCUGGCCGCCUGGGUGGCCUGUGUGGCCUUGCUGGCUUUCGGCUUAGGCAGCUUCUAUGGCGGUCUGGCCGGCUGGGGCGACUUCACCAAACUCACCAAGCUGGUGAUCUUCUUGAUGCCCAGUCUUUGUGUAUAUUUGUCCUCCCACUUGCCGCCUCCCGGCCCUGCCAUCAGCACCAUCAGCCUGAUCUGCGCUGCGCUCUGCGUCGCUUGUGCCGUGCCUUUGAAGGCGUUGAGCGACCGACGGCGGCCGGCCGUGCGCUGGGGCCAAGAAGCCCAGCGCGCCACGUUGUUGGCACCGUACAUCAAGGCCAUGUGCAAGGGUGGUCAAAGUCGAGAAGCCUGGCCUUCCUCAGAUGCUGCGGUGAUGGCAGCCAAUGCAAUCCUCCUUUGGAACGUCCUGAAAACCUCCAGUCUCUCCUCGUCCCUCGCGGUGGCGCUGAGCGUCAGCGUCUUUGCCUUGGCGUGCUUCGGACGGAUGUACUUCUGGGCUCACCAUCUCUUCGAUGUCCUCUCGGGAGGCCUGCUGGGCAGCUUGAUCGUGCUUGGUGCGCUGCACUUCCGUGGCUCGAUGCUGAUUGGGUUGGGCCAGCACAGCAUCGUUCAGUGUUCCACAGAGGGCCGGCCCUGGCAGGGAUUCCAGUGCAAGAAUUGUGUGAGCGAGCAGAAAAAGGCACAGCAGAAGGCGUUGCUCUUCGCGCGUCCUGCAGUGCCACCAGUGGCGAACGAGACAUUGAAGCUCGAUGCCUACGCCGUCAGUGCAGGCCGGGAGCUUAGCGGUGCGUCCGAGCGAACAGCGGCGCAGCCGAGUUCAUCCAUCUCUGAAGAGCGGGAUGGCAUUCUUCUACAGAGUGAAGAAGGCUUGGGUGCUUGUGCCAAAGCUGCACGGUGGCAGGAGACGUUGUUGCUGUUGGACUAUUUGAACACGUUCAAGCUUGGACUGCCCAACAGCGUCGGCCAAAGCGCGGCCGUCAGCGCCUUGGAGCGACGGAGCCUGUGGGCGGAGGCGUUGAAGCUCUUCGGCGACUUUCGCCGGAGCAAGGCGGCAGUUGAUGCACGCAGCUACGGAUCUGCCUUAAGCUCCUGUGCUACUGGCAUUCAGUGGAUGAUGGCUUACCACCUUUGGCACGAGCUGAAUCAGGCCACAGUUGGUACGUCUACUUCUGCCUCGAUGAUGGUCUGCCGGAACGCCACCUUAGGAGCCCUGGCCAACAGUGCACGCUGGCGCUCGGCCCUGCAGUUCUUUGCCUCGGCGGCGACGCAGCGCCUCACCGACGCCGUGACGCAAGGUGCCGUUGUCGCUGCUUGCCAGACGGCGUCACGUUGGGCAGAGGCAGUGGCGCUUGUGAGCAAAAGUCGGAACACCGUGGCGCUCAGUGCGGCGGUGAGCAGCUGCGCGCAUGCUGCGCGUUGGGACGUGGCCCUGGCCCUUCUUCACCUGCUCCGUCCGCACGGAGACGAAGGUCUCGUUGCCUACAAUGCCGCCAUCAGUGCUUGUGAGAAAGCCGGCCUUUGGGAGGCUGCGCUGUGCUUGCUUCGUGACAUUUCCAGAUUGAAGCUGCAGCCCAAUACAGUGUCCUACAAUGCAGCCAUCAGCGCUUGCGAGAGGGAUGGGCGGUGGCAAGUGGCCUCGCAGCUCAUGGCUCAACGUCUAAGCCAACGGCUCAAGGUGGAUGUGGCCGGUUUGGGCGCUUUGGUCAGUACCUGCUGUCAGGCUUCCCAAUGGGAGAGGGCUAUCAACUGGGUCAUCUCGCCGCUUGCAAGGCAAAAUUUGGUGGAUGCCAGCUGUGCAUCGGCUGCUUUGUUGGCAUGCCAAAGGAGUAGCAAGUGGCUUGUGGCUGUGGCACUCUUCGCGCGUGUGAAGGCGACCCGCUUGGAUCUCCCACCCGCAGCCCACGUCUCGCUGGCUUUCGCCGGCCAGGCGGUGCACGUCUCACUGUGUAGGGCCCUUUGGCCUAGCGAGAUCAGCAACCUCAACGCCAUGGAUGUGGCAGUGGCCAUGGACGGCGUCCACGCCUCUGGCCAGGUUGACGUCGGACUCGAACGGCUCCACUCACGGCGUGCCUUUGGGCCCUCGCUGCGUGCGACCAGAGAGGAGCGGUUUUCUGGCGUUCAGGAGGGACACUCCACGGAAGUGGUGAACUUCGGCGUGGCUGCCCGGCCUGCCCUGCAGAUCUUGGGGCUUCGCUUCGAAGCUGAACGCUCCGCCGGUAGCAAGGAGCGCCUGCGGCAGCGGCUCCUCCAGGCAAGCAAGUCUUCCAACUUCUCCGUGUCUCUCGCAGGCUCGCCGUCCUUGACCAGUGCCACUGAGCUUCCUAGCAAAGACAGCCCCACCCACACGGCCUCCGGCCGCCGCGCCAGCGACGCCCGCCGCGCCAGCAACGCCGGACCCGGCGAGUCGCCGACGGCGCACCGCGCGCCGUCGGGGCCGCGGCGGCGGGCCUCGCGCUUGAGUGCCGUGAGCGGCGAAAGCGCCGGGAGCCGCGUGAGCUCGGUGGACCCCCUCAGCUUCGAGGAGAUCUUGCGGAAGAGGCCAACCCUGCAAGAUGACAGCCGCAGCGAACAUGGAGGGAAGAGCGAUGCAACGCCCCGCCUGAAGGACAUGAUGACAGCGCGUAGCUCAAGGUUGGCACGGGAGGUGCCCUGGACGGCCGAGAAGGCCUUGGCCUCGCUGAUGAUCUUCCAGGGCUGCCGCGAGAACUUCAUCAACUACCUCGCGGCUGGCGGCGAGCACGUGAUGUUGAAGCCAGGGGAGUUUCGAGACUUGCGAGGUCAAAAGUCUGGGCCUGGAGAGGGCCAGUCGGCCACAGCGGUGAUCGUGCUCAGCGGGACCUUUCGUGUGGAAAUCUCCGGAGUGCUGGCAGAAGAGCUCAACGUGGGGCAGGCCUUCGGUUUCGCGGACGUUUUGGCAGCAGGUUUGGAAAGCUACACCCAAAAUCGGGGCGCUGGUGGCACACGAGCAGUAGUCUCCCUCCGAGCCACAGCAAAGGCUGAGGCGUUCCCUCAUUCCGGAAGGGGCAGUAGCAUGAUCCGACCACCGACCAGCUGCUUUUUGAUCCGCGCCACCUUGCUGCGCCGGGCCUUGCAAGAGUACCCCGCAGCACAGGCCAUCGCCAUGCACGAGACGGUGAGCCCCGCUCGCUGGUGUGUGACCUACCAGGAUCUUCAGUUUUUUCAGCAGGAGGUCCGAGCGGCCAUCAAGGAGGGUCAGAUCUUCGCCUGCGACUUUUCGAGCUCCAUCUCGGAGUGCGGACGCGAUGCGGAGAUCUACGGGCCCAGCAUUUAUUUGGUCAACGAGAACUAUAUCAAGCCCAUCACUGCUGCAGCGGGAAAAAUGAGUUGGGCCUUGAUGAUGAACCCCGAGGGCUUGGAUUCCGAUCUUUUCAUCACGCACGCCUGGCAAGAAGGCAUCUUCGAGUUUCUGGAGAAAGUCCUUACUAGCUGGCCUGGAGGAGCACGUCACGCCUGGUGCUGUAUGCUUGCGAACCCGCAGAAUUUGGACAUCUCCGCCUUGCUCCACUCGCCCUCCUUGUCGCCCUUCGCGGUCGCCCUGCAGAGUUCGGAGUAUAUGUUGGUGGUGCCCAAUCGCUACUGCAGCGUCUACACCCGUCUUUGGUGCGGCUACGAGGCCUACCUCGCUGCCGAGGGGCACAAGACCAUUCGCACGGCUCGGCGCUCCAUCAAGCGGCAGGUCAUAAUGGCCUAUCUCUGGAUGUGUCCCACCUGCUUGUUGGGCAUUGCUUUGGGCCUUCUCUUCGAGCGUAUCGAUUUUAACUUCGACCACGAUCUGGUGAUUUUGGCCUUCGUGGCGAAUGUCCUGGGCAAACAUUUCGGAGAAACACUCUGCCUGCUGGCGAAUCACUUGGGCCUGGCCAGUAGCACUGCCUUGGUCAUGGGGACGAGCCCGCAGAUCACAAACUUUCUGGAGGGGAUCCCUUGUCCCAUCUCCCACGAGAUCGCGACAUGGGUCCAGCGUUUGCUUUGCUUGAGCUUGGUCUUCUUUUUCUUGAUCGCCGAGUCCGACCGUGUCUUUUGGCACCAGCUGCAUGUCGAGGGGAGUGAGCUCCGGAAGCAGUAUCCAGGAUCGAUUCGUGGCGCCUCGUGCUCCGAACGAAGAGAUGAAGAGAACAUUCGUAGUGAGAUUGGCGACAAGGUGGAUGAAGUGGAUGUGGUCAUUCAUGUCUUGAUCAACGCAGGUCUCAUGUCGGAGCCGCUCAGGAACGCCUAUUUGAAGGGCGUGAACAUCGAAAACACGGGGGAUGCUGAGUGGGCCAUUCCAAUGAUGUUUCUUGGACCUCAGCUCAUGCUGGGCUUUUGGCAGUUUGGACGAUAUGCGUCCAACGUGUCCCUUUGGGAGCCUUACGAUGGCGGAUGGCUCUUGGUAGUAUUCCAGGGGAUCUCCAUCGUGGCGCGGCUGUGCUUUCUGGUGUUGCUCUGGAGAAGCUGCAUUGACGAGCGGUGCUUCAUGUUGAAGGUGAUGACCAGAUUGGUCUCACUGAUUCUUUGCACCUCUUUGGUCGCCUUGGCAGCUGGAGCACGUACUCCACUGCUGGUGAUGGUGAUGUUCGUGACCUAUCAUGGGACCUUUCCACUGGUGCUCUUCUUCGCACCGCUGGCGUCGGAGCGCGAGCACAGGCGGUCUCCACGCACCACCACGCAUCAGGCGGUCUCCAUGCACGCAACGGUGAGCCCUGCACGCUGGUGCGUGACCUUUGGGGAUCUCCAGUAUUUGCACUCCGAAGUCCAGGAGGCCAUUCAGGAUGGGCAGAUUCCCGAGGAUUCCUCGGGAGCCUAUGGACCGAGCAUCUAUGUGGUGAAUGAGAAGUACAUCAAACCGAUUACGGCUCUGGCUGGAAAGAUGAGCUGGGCCCUGAUGAUGAACCCCCAAUGCUUGGAAUCCGACCUCUUCAUCACGCAUGCGUGGCAAGAAGGUAUUUUCGAGUUCAUCGAGAAGGUCCUAACCUCCUGGCCCGCUCGGGCGCGGCACGCCUGGUGUUGUAUGUUGGCGAAUCCGCAGAAUUUGGACAUUGCCGCACUGCUCCAUUCGCCCUCCAUGUCUCCAUUUGCAGUUGCUUUGCAAAGUUCGAAGUACAUGCUGGUGGUGCCCAAUCGUGACAUCUCCGUCUACACGCGCUUGUGGUGUGGCUACGAGGCCUACCUGGCCUACGAAGGUAAGAAGAUCAUCCGCACUGCUCGGCGCUCCAUUUCCCGCGACGUGUUUUGCGCUUGGGCCAUGAUGCUCCCCGCACUGAGCAUCGCCGUCGCACUGGGCCUGGCAGCCAAGCAGUAUCACUGGAACGUGGACAUUUACUUGAUGGUCGCUCUCUUCCUGGCGGGUGUGGUCAGUGAGAACUUUGGCUACGUGAUUUGUCUCAUCGCCAACCACUUGGGCCUCGCGGCGUCCACCGCGCUGGCGGUUGGAUGGACGAUGAAGCCGGAUUGGCUUCAAGUACAAGGUUUGCCAGACCAGGAGGCCUAUGUGGUGCAACGAGUGAUAUUUCUCACUGCCGUGGCCUUCUUCUUGGUCUCUGAGGUGGACCGUCUGCACUACGCGGCGCGCGAGUUGGAAGGGCUGCAGCUCCGGAAGCACUACCAGGGCUCCAUCCGCUACGCCAGCUGCUCCGAGCGCCACGACGAGGAGAAGAUAUGCCAGGAGAUCGGCGAAAAGGCCCACUCCGUGGAUCAGGUCAUCCAAGUCCUCAUCUCUGCCGGGAUGUCAUCCCCAGCGCUGCGGGAGGCACAAAUGCAGGGCGUAAGCAUUGAGCAUGCAGGAGAUGCGCAAUUCGCCAUCCCUUCACUCUUUUUGGGUCCACAGUUAUUGCUUGGCAUUUGGCAGCUGGGACGCUAUGCCACCCUGGUGCACUGGAAACACUGGAUUGGAUGGCAGUCGAUGAUGUUGCAAGCACUGUCAGUGUUUGCAAGGCUGUGCUUCAUCAUUCUGCUUUGCUGGCGUUCUAUUGAUGAGAGAUGCUUUAUGCUGAAGGUCAUGACCAAGCUAGUCUCGGUGAUGGUCAUCCCAGGGCUCGUGGCCUUUUGUUUGGGCGCCAGCCUGCUUACGACCGUCAUGAUCGUAUUCAUUGCUUUCCACAUCUCCUUCUUGCUGGUCUUAGUCUUCGCUUUUCUGGGCAUUCGUGGCACCUUGCACCUGCCCGGUGGCCCAGUCUUGGUUCAGUUCUUCCUCACACGCUUUCAGCGCGGCAGCUGCGACGCGCCGGACACGGACGCUGCGAGCCGCACCGCGAGCCGCACCGCCAGUGACGCGACUGGGGAGUCCACGGAGUCCACAGAGAGGGGUGAGAGCUCA